AUGGGUUCUGAGAGAUGGAAGGAAAGAGGUCGGCAGCUGUUGCAGACACCAUUCUUGAGGGAACUUUUCUAUGUCAUCACUCUCUCCCUCCUUAGUCUCAUCCUUCCCCUAUCUUUCCUGCUUCUGGCCAGGCUUGCUAAUGCCCAUUACAUCAUUUCCUUCACUUCUCUACCCUCUUCACUACCUUUCUCCUCCUUAUUCCCACUCUCCUUGCUCUACACCAACCCAAGUUACCCAAACCUUCUUCAUCUCCUUGUAUCCAUUAUCAGCUUCACAGCUCUUCUGCAAGCCUUGAUGGGUCAUUUUGCUUUCAUUCCACAUAGCAACAGCAACAGUACUAAGUCAACUACUACUCCCACAUCCCAAGCUUACCUCUACACUGCCUGGGCUUUACUCUGCACGUUUGAUGUCUGUGUUGUAUUGGGCAUUGAAGGGACUAUAGCAGAUGGGUUUUGGCCCCUCGACUUGGAUGGCAUCAGCAUAGGCAUAGGCAGAGGCAGUGCCAGAAGCAUAAAUUUGAUGAUUCGGGUUGUGUUCUUUAUAGGGAUGCAUGAGACGAUGCUUCAUUGGUCAAGAGUCACUGUGAGACCAGUGGUGGAUGACACUGUGUUAAGGGUAGUGAGGGAGGAAAGGUUGGUGGAGAGGGUUGCCAUGGCUGCAAGCUUUGGUGGCUUGUGGUGGUGGGGACUGAGGAAAGAGGUGGAAGCCAUGGUAGUCAUCCUUGAGGUGAAGAGAGAGCUGUUGAUGAAUGUAGAAUUGGCUGAUGUUGUUAAUUGCUUGCUCUAUUACUUGACUAUAACGAUUGCUUUAGUGAGGUUAUAUUGGGGCCUCGUUUGGGUGGCCAAAUUCCUCUGCACCAGUCUUCAAAGAAACUAUGAUCAAUCCGGUGAUGGUGAUGAUGAUGAUAGCAAGGUCUAGCUAAAUCAGCUAUUGUACAUUUUUUUUCUCCUUUUUUUCCUUCUCUUUGGGGUACUAAAAUCAGAUCUUAGUUACUUG